ACUCGCUGGCGCCCAAGAGGGAGGGCGGCAGCUGCCCGCUCCCUCCUCCCACUACCCCGCUACCUGCCCAGUCCCCGAAGCGAAGCGUGAGAAGGCUGCGAGCCAGCCGGGCCGAACCCACAACUUUGCAGCCUUGGGGAGGGCGAGAGCCGGCGUCCAGGGCUCCUCUUAUCGGCGACCAGAGCUCGGAAUGUAAUCGAAAAUGCUGGCUCUUCGGCUGCUCAACGUGGUGGCCCCCGCAUACUUCCUGUGCAUCUCCCUGGUGACCUUCGUUCUGCAGCUCUUCCUCUUCCUGCCCAGCAUGCACGAAGACCCCGCGGCCGCCCCGCUCUUCUCACCUGCCCUGCUCCACGGGGCGCUCUUCCUGUUCCUCUCUGCAAAUGCCCUGGGCAAUUAUGUUCUGGUCAUCCAGAACUCCCCCGACGACUUGGGCGCCUGCCAGGGGACCUCGUCCAGGAAGGCUCAGUGCUCCCCGCCCAGCACCCACUUCUGUCGAGUGUGCGCCCGAGUCACGCUGAGGCACGACCAUCACUGUUUCUUCACCGGCAACUGCAUCGGCAGCAGGAACAUGCGCAACUUUGUCCUGUUCUGUCUCUACACCUCCCUGGCCUGCCUCUACUCCAUGGUGGCCGGCGUGGCCUACAUCUCCGCUGUCCUUUCCAUCUCCUUCGCUCACCCCCUGGCCUUCCUCACGCUUCUGCCCACCUCCAUCAGCCAGUUCUUCUCUGGAGCUGUCCUCGGUUCUGAAAUGUUCGUCAUCCUCAUGCUUUACCUCUGGUUUGCUGUUGGCCUGGCCUGCGCUGGCUUCUGUUGCCACCAGCUGCUGUUGAUCCUCCGGGGGCAGACUCGCCACCAGGUUCGAAAGGGGGUGACAGUGAGUGCCCGGCCCUGGCGCAAGAACUUACAGGAGGUCUUCGGAAAGAGGUGGCUGCUGGGCCUGCUGGUCCCCAUGUUCAAUGUCGGAAGUGAGAGCUCUAAGCAGCAGGACAAGUAGCAGGCAGGCACUGCCAUCAUUUCUCUCUGUGUCUCGAUUACUUCUGAACAUAGAACCACAGCACCCUUGUCUCUACCUAUGACCCACUACAACCUCGGGCUGCUAAGGUCCUCCUACCACCCCGGGGGUCUUCAGCCCAUAGAGAACAGCAUCACCUGGUGGAUUGUGACUGAGAGAAAAAAAAAAAAAGGCCACCCAGGCAGUGCUAGGCUCCUUAUCAGCCAACCAGGUAGCUGCUGUCAGGCUAUCUCUGCUUCUGUUUCUUCUUCCGAGCCCUUCUUUCUGCCUCUGCUUGACCGGUCCCUCUAUCAUGUCUCACGCCGUCACUGCUUCUGCUAGAGCCCUUC